CGGAUGAGCCUCCAUCCCUCCCUCCGCCCCUCUGAUCCUCUUAUCAGCGAGUAAGCGGCCAAGAUGGAUGUUGUAAACCAGUUGGUGGCCCAAGGGCAGUUCACGGUAGUCAAACAACCUUUGGGAUUUAUAAAAGUUCUUCAGUGGAUCUUUGCAAUCUUCGCCUUCUCGACAUGUGGCAGUUACUCUGGCAUGUUCAAGAUGAGUGUGGAGUGUAAAAACCGGUCGGAUAGUGACCUAGACAUUGAAGUACAAUUUGAGUAUCCAUUCAGGCUCCAUCAGGUUUACUUUGACGUUCCCACCUGUAAGGGAGGGAAGGACGAGCGUCUGUUCCUGAUUGGGGACUACUCCUCCUCAGCCGAGUUCUUCGUCACCAUCGCUGUCUUCUCCUUCCUCUACUCGAUGGCAGCCCUGUCUGUAUACUGUUUCAUACUGGAGAAGUACCGUGAAAACAACAAAGGCCCCCGGAUCGACUUUGUUGUGACGGCGGUCUUUGCCUUCAUGUGGCUGGUGUCUUCCUGUGCUUGGGCUAAAGGCUUGUCAGAUGUGAAAGGAGCCACUGAUCCAGAGAAUGUCAUCAAUCAGGUCGCGGCCUGUGAAGAACAAGAGAACCGCUGUCGUGAGAUUUACGAACCCAAAGUCUCCGGCCUCAACACCUCCGUGGCCUUUGGCUUCAUCAACUUGAUCCUGUGGAUAGGAAACCUGUGGUUUGUGUUCAAGGAGACCGGCUGGAUGGCUGCCUUUGCUGGAACAUACGUCCCAUCGCAGGAAAAGCAGCCCGCUCCUGACUCCUUUGCGCAGGGAGGCUACGGACAGCAGGACCCCUACGCCGGCUCCCAGGGAGGCUACCAGCCAGAAUACGGCCAGCAGGGAGGCUACAACGAGGAAGGAGGUUACAGCCAGGGCUAUGAACAGCAGCCCACCUCCUACUCUAAUCAAAUGUGAGCUUGUCCAGCCAAACCACAGCUGUAGGAUGGGUGACUUUGUGAUGUUGGAGUGUGGCUCUCGAAGCACCACCUAUAUUUCCACACUGUUUGUCUGUUUGUGUAUCUGUGAGCUGACCGGCGGAGGGUGGGUGGGAGCCACGGAGGGAGGAGAGCGGUGGGGCCCGGGGGGGCGGGGAAAGGAGAUGCCAAUGUGGUGCGGGGGGGUUCAUGGGGGUGAGGCAGGGAUUGGGGGGGGGACAUCUUUGCUGUUUAUGAUGUUUAUUCUCGUGAUGUAUUUAAACUGUAGAAGACAACCGAGGAUUGUCUGUUUGGUUAUACGAGAAAAAACUUGAAUACAAAUACCAAAACAUUCGUUGACGAACAUUUAAGAGAAAUCUUGCGAUGGAAAAGACUUACAUUUAUUGGGGAGGGGAAAAAAAUGUAGUGAUAUUUAACUUGGGAGAAUGUAUUUGUCUGUGAUGUGUAAAUAUCAACAUGUGAUUAUAUGUACACAGUUGAAUAAUUGUGCACUCCAUAUUAGUUGUUAUACAACAAAUGUUGAGCACAGAGUUAUUCAAUUGCAUUACUUUUGGUUCUUUCUAGGAGCUCACAUAGUUUAACCUUUUCCCUUAAAUUCCCUUAAUUGAAUUUAUUCAUCUCAGAAACUCUUUUUUGUUCAUGUUUCAUAUAUGAUGGGAAACAAUUUGGAAAGUGUUGAAAGGGAAAACAAAGUGAGUGAGUGAGUAGAGGGGAAAGUGGAAUAUAGAGCAGUAGGUUGAGUGGGAUUUACAGUUUACAGAUAGAUUGUUUAUGUUUUUCUAUACAUUUUUUUUUCCCAUCAAAUAUCACAACGACCUUGAGUAAAAUACACAUUAAAUAACAUUUUAAAUCCCGACAUACAAGAAUAAAAAAAAAAACUGCAUAGGGUUAAGGAAAUUAGUGAGCAUGGUAGCAUCUCGUAUUUGCUGUGCUCUAUAUAGUGUACUAUCAGUAUGUGAAUCAGGGGCAGAGAACAACAGUUUUAGAAGUGCGUGCGUGCGUGUUUGUUUGUUUGUUUGUUUGUUCCGUUUUUACGUAAUGGUACCCAACACAUUCAGUCAGUGAGCCUCGUCUUGUUUUUUCCGAUCGCCUUUCACAAAGUUUAAGACAGAGUCAUAUAGUUUUUUAACGGGUGUUUCUAUAAAACACUGAAAUCAGUGACAUACAUACAUACUCACAUUAACAGGAGCAAGGCACAUGAGAAUAUAACGUAUAUUAAACCUGAAAUAUCUUGAUUAUGCCAUGGUAAACAAAUCUUAUUAUUAUUAUUAUUAUGCAGCUGUCUAAACAGUACGUGUCCACUUUAUGCUUCUCCUGCAUCCUCAAUCCUUCUUUAUCUAUUUCCCUCUUGAUGAAGGCAAGUGAAUUUAUUGCAUGCAUCUUACAUCUUAUAUCCUAGAGCAUCCCUGGACAUAUUUUAGAGGCCGAGGCUCAAGCAGGAAAGCACUACUAGACGACACAACAAUUACCGCGUUUGAUCCAUCAUAGUCAUUUCUUGCACAGCACACACACACAGCAGCUCUGCUAUAUUCUACUCAAAGCACAAAGUAAGUGCUGCAAUAAUGACUUGUUUCCAGACAUAGAUACACCUGCCAGUCCUCCGUUUGGAUAUUCAAGAUCAUGUUUGCUGAAAGGUCAGAGAUGUCGUUUUGAUUGGUAGUUGCAUCCACAAUCCCUUUCAAUAUGAAUGGCCCUCCACCCCCAGUAUAUCAAAAUUUUUCAAAAGAAAU